CAUGCGAUCGAUAUCGCGCAAGCAUAACUACUCUGUGUGUUAGUAUGAUCACAUGUGUGUGUGUGUGAGAAAGUGAGCGUGUGUCACUGCUGUAGGAUGUUGAUCGCGUGGGUGACCAAGAGUCCUUCCGACUCGCCAGUUCACUUGAUCCCCUCAUCUGCCUUGCCAAGAUCAACGCUGAGACUCUCUACCUUCAGUUUGAAGUGGUCGUGUGUUGAUUGGGUCAAAGGUACCGAAGAAGUUUACUUUCAUUUGAGAGAUCACAUUAGCACAAGUUAAAAUAAAAUUUAUUAGGAGGAUUUAGCAAGAUCGUAUGAUACAAGAGCAUCAAACAGAUACAAGCAAAGGAUGGAUUUUCAAGAAUUUUUGAAAGAAUUGGACUGUGAUGACGUGAGAUUACAACUUCUGACACCAUGGGAGAGACUUCUGCUUACCAAACGACCCAUUAUUGCUCCCGAUGGCUACAUUCCCAACUCCGUUGUUCGCAGACGACUGCAUUUUGUACAGCCUGAAUCACCCAAACCUGUCUGGCAACUCAAACCGGUUCCAGAAUUUGAUCCUCGAUACCUCCCUGACGGUUGGAAGAUAAAGAAAGACAAAGAAAAUGGUUCGAAAAAUCUCAAAGUCAAAACGGCCAGCAUUCAGACUGAAGUGAAAGAAAAGUCAACUCACAAUGAGCUCCUACGUCACACAGAUACGAUGGUGGUGACCAAGAAGGAUGGUUUCACCAAAGUCAGGCAUGAGUAUCAAAGCGGAUCCAAGAAACUUCACCGAGUAGAGUUUAACCUCGGCGUGCAGCCAGAAACAGAAAAGACAAAAGAAAAAGCAGACGACAAAAAACUGCUUGACAACGUGGCAUCGAAACAUCCACAAAAUCUUGAAGAGAAAGAGGAAAAGCUGGCUGUUCCCGAUUCUGAAUUGACACGCCUAUUACAAGAGGUCACACCUGACUCCACGAGAAAUACACCCAGCUUCAAGGGAAAUAAGCAUACAAAACACAAGACGAAACAUAAGGCUCUAGAGACUCAAGAGCAUGUUUCCAAACAACCUAUCACAGAGCUACACUCCAACGAGUUAACAGCCAGUAAGGGGGACAACAUUAUCCAGCAACUUCUUCAAGAAACCUGGUUCCCUCUUAAAGGUCAGCUCGACAUUAUGGAUAUUUUGGAAGAAAUUUUGAAACUUUUGGAGACUAACCUGGAUGAUGUCUUCGCUGCAGUUUGCCAAUACCUUAUCAAGAUUUAUCAACUUUUAGGUAUAGCUGAGGAGAUAUUAAAUAGGGCUAAGGAGAAGCUUACUAUUCAGCUGAAGAACCAGUCAGCAGUUAUCACUGACAACUCGAGACGGACGUUGGAUCAGCUUGACCUAAUGUCUGACCUGAAGUCCAAAGAAAAGGCAUCCGAUGAAACCGAAAAAGCGAAUGUCGGUUACGAGGUUGUGACAGACCCAGAGAGGCAGAUUGAACUGAAUCCAACAGAAGAUAUCAAUACACCCAGACUGCAUAUAUCACGUAGCUCCAGUAGAUCUAGAUCCAAAGCUUCGAACAAAGCAAAAGAUAAAAGAAAGAGGUCUAAAGGGAAGCAAAGCUCAAGUUCCAAGACAUUAGGCCUACCUCAGACAGAUAGUGGCUUGAUUGAGGAUGAGGUCAUCAAAAAUAUGGUGCUAGGAAAUGGAGAAAGCACGAAUAAAAACAUGUUAUCCAAUCAAAAUGUUAUAGAUAGUUCCAGAGCAAGUACAGGGCAAGUGGGAAAGGCUCAAGACAAUGCCAAAACAAAUAAACAACUUGAACUUGAUAUUGGCAAGGAGAAGGGAAAAGUAGAAGAAUAUAUAGUGGUGCUGCCCAAAGUGGCACACUCAGAAGAUGUUUCGAUGGUCAACGAUACUUUGGAAAUGGGUCACAUGAAAAAAGAUAGUUCCUCUGAAUCAAAUUCUCAGCAAACAGCAGCUGUCAGAAGAGAAGGACUUGUAGACAGUGGCAGUGGUUUAAUCUUUACUGGUGGCAUUGGUAGUAGUGAUGGAAGUAGUGGCAGUGGCAUGAAUGACAAAGAAAAUCAGAUGUAUGACAGUAACUCCUGCCUCAAUGAUAGUGAUAGUGAUGGUGAAAGCAUCAGAAGCAGUGAGGAACACUUACAGCUGACAAGUAAAAACUUUGAUGGAAAUACACUAGUGAAUGAUUUAUCUUCUCAAGCGGCAAUAGUUGGUAGUCACACAGCCAUAGAUCUUUACACACAUAGCCUUUCAUCUAUAGUUUCAAAAUCAAGUCAGAAGACUUCUUCAGAUGCUCAGGAAGGAAUUCAAUAUGAUGAUCAAGAUGUAGAGAAAGUUAAAACUGUUGACUCAGAGCCUGAAAGUAAAAAGCUUAUAAGUUUACCAGCUGUAAAUAGUAGUUACCCAGUACAGUACACAGUGAUUGGUGCACCUGCUCCUCAGUACAGACACACAAAGGAAAAAGCAAAUAACAAUAUCAAUAAUACCAACAGUCAAGAUGGUAAUGGUAAGGGACCUAGCAAUGAACUUGUGACAUCAAAGCACAAUUUAUGGUCCGAUCCUCAAUACAACAAAUUAGAGACAUAUAUGCCUUACAGUAAUAAGCAUAACAGGAAUGAGUAUGACAGACAGUUUCCAGGAAUCCUGUUACCAAACAUCGAAUUGCCUGUUUUACCUGGUCAAGAUACCACCUUGAAAAAAGAACUUCUUUUAGCAUUCUGUGAGGGCCUUCCUACUUUAAAUAGAAGAACACCUAACAUAUCACCACUUCAGCUUAGAAAUGAUGAUUUAGAUAAGAGCUUUACCAAUCAAACAGCAUCAUGUCUGUUCUCAAGGGAUCACAGAAGUAAAGGACAUUCUCACUGUGAGCAUAUGAAAUGUGCACACAAGAAGAUGCACAGAUAUAUUUCUAUUUCGAAAUUUCUAUCAAAUGUAAGUCUUUCACAAAGAAUGUGUGAUUUAUCAACCAGAUUGAAAGAAAAAACAACUUUUGGAAUCUCAAGGUACAGUUAUGUACAAGAUUACUGAUAUGAAGAAUAUUUAUUGCCUGUUGUGAUAUCUACUGUGAUUAAAUGUUACACUUAUAGUUGUAAAAUAUAAGUGCCUCAAAAUGAAUAGCUUAAUACAAAAUGAACUAUUUUAUUUAAUAAAAAAAGUUAUUGUUUUAUUAAAAAGUAAAUAUUAAAGAGAAGCUGGGGUAUGAUGAACGUAUAUCUUGCGUGGCCAUUUUACAAAUGUUUGCUCUAAUCAUGUAUUGUUUUUCGUAAUGCACAAUUGUUAAACAAAUUUCCCCACCAAUAAUAAAGAUUAUUUUCCCUAUGUCUGAAUAAAUUUUUUAAAAUUAUUUGUAUCUGUUAAAUUAGUAAGUUAAAUACAUGUUGACAUUAUCACCAAUAUCAUUUGGUUUCCAACUGAAAUUUAUGCCCCAUUUUGAAUUAUUAAAUGCAAGUUUAGGCUACUUCCUUUAUUCAACAAAUAUUAAAACUUUUAAAAAAUUAUAUUUUUCAUUUCUUUUAAUGAUUAAUUUGGUCAUGAUUGACAGAAAAAUAACACUAGUUAUUUAAGAAAGAAUCCUGAAGAUUUAAGUUUAGUUGAGAUUUGCUAAUCUGCAGUAUAUUCUCUUUUUCUUUUUCAGUAGCUGAAUGAUUUUUAAAGUCAAAUACUUUCGUAGGCCUAUACAUAAAAAAAAAUAGAAUUGCAAACCACUAGAUAUGAUUUAUAUUAAAAUGAUGUUCUUAACUUUUUCUUUAAUGCUCUUAUACUAUAUUUCUAUUCAUAAAUUGCAAUAAAGUUAAGAAUGAAGAAUAUUUUCAACAUUAUAUGUAAUGUAACGAUUUAAAUUUGUUUUCACAAUAUAUAAAAUUAAUUUUCCUGUUUUCAAAUAAAUAGUGAAAUUAAUUGAGGUAAUAUUUUUCUUGUUACUAUUUCUGUAAAUUUUUU